AUGUAUUGGGGAGUGAUGGGAGGAGCAGAAGAAAGGUGGAGAAAAGGGCCAUGGACUCCUGAAGAAGAUCGCUUGCUGGUUCAUCACGUCAACUUGCAUGGUGAAGGCCGAUGGAAUUCUGUAGCUACUCUUUCUGGUUUGAAAAGAAACGGAAAGAGUUGCAGACUAAGAUGGGUCAACUAUUUGAGGCCAGACCUCAAGAGAGGGAGGAUUACCCCUCAUGAAGAAACCAUUAUUCUUGAUCUACAUGCUAGAUGGGGAAAUAGAUGGUCAACAAUUGCAAGAAGUUUACCUGGACGUACGGAUAACGAGAUCAAGAAUCAUUGGCGAACCCAUUUCAAGAAAAAGAGUAAAGUGAGUUUAGACGAAUCCACAAAGUUGAAAACAAAACUGUUAAAGAGACAAAAGUUUCAACAAGAACAACGACUACAACAACAACAACUUCUUGAUCAGGUGCAACAAAACGAAGCUGAUAUGAAGAAGAUAAUGUCGUUAGUGGUGGAAGAAAGUACCGAGAGCAGUCCAACCAUGGUUGUGAGAGAAGAAGAAGAAGAAGAAGAAGAAAGUUUAAUCCAUGGGAUGAUAUUGUUGAAUGGUUGGUUUUAUGCACCUGCAGCUGAUCAUCAAUCCUCCAUGAUCAACCAAGAUGUUGGCAUGUGGGAUGGGUUGUGGAACUUGGAUGAUGUUCAUGGAACUAACUUUUCUGCUACCUAUCACCAGGCACCUUGUCUUAAUUAUUAA